AUGAGCGCUGACGGCGAUAACGAUACUGGUAAACGGAGGAAACUCACAUGUGGAGGAUCUUUCUUGCGAUUGCCAUUGGAGGUCUUAUCGGCUGAUUUUCGAAGAGACCGCAAAGAUAUCGAGCGGGAACUGCUGUUGAUUCAUAACUUCAUUGCUAGCGGCAAGGUUGGUUCGGCUGGAAACUCGGCAGAAACUGUCGAGAAAUUGCUGAAGAAAUUAGAUAUCGUUGAGAAACGACUGUACGAGAAGAAACGUGAACAAGCGAAAUUAGUUGACAAUAUCAAGCAUCGCGUAACGGCAAUAGACGACUUAGCAUCAGCAGACGAGGUUGCUGAUGAGGAACUCGCCGAGUGGGAAGGCAGCGAUACCUUCCUGUUGGUGGAAUGGCUCGCUCGGAACGGAUUUGCACACACCUUGAGACGAGUUGUGGAAAACUCGAAGACGGGUUCUAUGGAUCAUUUCCCAGCUCUUGAAAGUGGCGAUUUCGAACCUGAUAUUGUCAUUGAUGAGAAAAUAAGGAGCAUUAAGGAAGCCCUGAAAAACGGCAAUGUUACUCCGGCUAUUGAGUGGUAUAAGGCAUGCAGAAACAGAAUAGAUAAGAUGCAAAAGCUGCCCUCAAAAGAAGAUUCAGAAGAGGUCGAUAAACAAGAAUCAUUCCAGAUGGGGUUGUUACCCAUUUUGCAUUUUUAUGAAAUGACGCGAAUUUUGGAAGAUUCUGAUCCGCGACGAUUUGAACUAGCUGUUGAAUACCUCGAGAAGAUCGUAAAAGAUGGCGAUAUAGUUGGUCCGUAUAUAGAGUUUGCUUGUCGCAUCAUUAGCUGUGGAAUUCGCGGAAAACAUGAGCAUCAUGUUGGUGAUGAGAAUGGAUCGUUCUGGUGCAUACAGAGCUCGUCGACGGCGAACGCGAGACUUACCGCAGCUCUCGAGCAACUUGAUAUCUAUACACGAUUUGUGUAUUACAAUGAUGAUCCAGCUGUGGCAGAAAACGGCUCUAUGCUUGAGCUACUUGUGAGGUCCAUAGUAGAAGAGGAAGAGGAGCAGGACGAAGAGGAAGAGGAGCAGGACGAAGAGGGAGACCAUGUGUUCUUCAACUGUUUCGUCUUCCUCUUCGUCACCAUCAUCAUCAACAACAUCGAGAAAUACCGCCAACACUUAUUCCUCAAGUAUUGA